UGUUGCAGCGAGGAGAAAAUGAACAAGCUCUGUAGGCAGGUGUCCAUCGAGAGUCCGAGCGUGACGGGUCGGGAAUGGGUGUUCAGUUUCGACGUUCCGGUUCCGGAAGUCCCGUCCCACGGAGCCCGUAUCCGGGUGAUGUGUGCAGGUGCCUGUUACCAUCCACGUCGUUCGCCCAGCCUGGGCAGUCUGACCUCCCUGUCCAGCAGCAGCAGUUUGGCCACGGAAGUCUCGGUGGAGGGUGACUUUCCGAUGUCUUUGCCGCAUCAUGGAGUCCGUGACGCGGCUUUAUUUCCUGGUUACGAGGUCGCUGGAGUGAUCGAAACUCUGGGCGCUAACGUACCCGAAGAUUGUGGUUACGCGGUCGGGGAUCGUGUGAUCCUCUAUCCGUACGAGGGUAUACCGAACGGAUACGUCGAGUAUCUGGUCGUCCACGAUCUGAAAUACUUGAUAAAAAUUCCUGACAACAUGAGCCUGAGCGUGGCCGCCAUGUUGCCCGCCGGUGCCCUUUUGGCUAUGAACACCGUCUUCGCAGCCCACGAACAUGUCCAGGCGUUGCUGAAACAAAGGGGCGUGAAUAGCGUCUGCAAGAUACUGAUCGUCGGUACCGGGGGCCUGGCUCUCUGGGCACUUCGUAUCGCGGCGUAUCACUUCAGCAACAUGAAGGACAGAGUCACUAUCACGAUCGCCUCGCUGAAGGAUGAUGGGCUGACCAUGGCACAAGAGUUCCAACGCGUGAACGUGGUCCAGUGGAGCGAGGAUCUAUACGAGAAGCAGCUGAUCGAGCGCACGAUGGACGCCUGCGGCGGCCAAGUGGACGUGGUGAUCGAUUUCGGUACAACCUCUCGUAGCCUGCAUCGCAGCAUGCAGUGUCUCAGCAAAGGGGGCGUCGUGUUCGUGAUCAAAGAUGUCGCGGAUCGACUUCUGCCGAAGUUCAGCAGACGAGCAGAGGAAUGGCAACAGAGCAUCAAAUCGGUGGAACCUGGUACCCUGGAGCAGUUGCAGGAAUUGGUGAAACUUGUGGCUUCCGGUGAGAUCGAGCCUCCUCCGCACACCGUUUACCCAGCCGAGGAGGUCUUGGACGUGGUACACAAGCUGUGCCACUCGGAGAUCCAAGGACGCGCGAUUUUACGCUUCUACCCGGCCGAUUAAAGGUGAUCCCCUGGGAUAUAAAACAUUACGCGCCCCACGGACCGGCGCGAAAACUUCGAACAUAAAAGAAGCUCGAAAUAACGGUUAGACCGGAUCAAUUAGAGGAUGCGGCUGAAUAUCAAAGGGUAUUCAGGACUGAAGUUUGAGAUUUUCUGAGCGAUGAUCGUCUCGCGUUGUUUCUUCUCCUCGCGUGGAGACACGUCGAUCUUUCUCUCAGCCGAUGGGUAAAAGGCGUUUCUAUGCGUCAACGAUAUAAACAGCCGGAGAGACCGUAGCUGAUCGUCGUAGAGGAAGAAUGAUUGAACGAUGUAGGCGUAUCGAUGAUGUAUGUACGUGGACAUGAUUUCUUUCGAUCGAUUGUGGAUCGUUGUCCCGUACACGAUGGAUUAUUAUACACUUUGCACACUUCGUGUUCGUGAGCGGAACGUUCAGGAGAGACCGACGAGAAUCACGGCGGAGCGUCUCCUGCGAUCGUACUGUCAUAGUUUAGUAAGAAGUAUUAAAUGAAAUGAUGAUGUCAUGUAUACCUCCGGAGCAACGUAGAGAAAGUUCGCGUUGACAGUCGUGACGUAGCCGUCGCGCAAUAUUCACUUCACCCGUGAGUCCAUUGUCACGGUUUUGUUUUCACUCAGGACUCAUCGAUAGCAUCGCGAUACGAUGUUCCAUAUUUUCGACGAACGGAGUUUCCCCGAGAGAGGAUUGGUUGCAUUUUUAACACUCGAGUUUGUUGGUUGGAUAACGGUAUUCUGUAAUGACGAAGUUAAGAGGCAAGGAACUUGCUUUCCCGAUGUAAUCAGGUACACCGAUGAAAUUCAUCAAACAUAUUUUAUCUACAUUUCACGUGACUCGCCCUGAACGGAACUUGUCGAGUACAGGAUCCACUGAUCGUGGGUUAAAGUCUCUCUGGUAGAUUCGAGCGUGGUAACGCGAAGUGAUACGGUCUCGAUAGACCAGGAAGAACAUUAAUCGUAACAUUAAAUAUUCGACGUCAAUUGAAUUCUAAUUAAUGUCAUAGUCUCUGGUGUUCCUCGAAAUGAGACGCCGGUCUGGGUGUGCUUUAUGAAUCGGUACCCAGAUUUUGUUUAAGUGGAGUAGAUCGUAUUCAGAAUGUACUCUGAACACGUGUACCGAUGUAUAUUCGUAUUCUGUGUAAAGCGAGAAAAGAACUAUCUUUUCCCACGAUUUCUUGGGAACAAGCCUCUCAUAUCUGUUGACGAUUUCUCAAAUGAAACUGCGAAGAUACACUGCUUUAGAAUUACUCGAGAUAGUUUAAAUACACUUGAUUUAUCGUUCACGCAUAAUAUAGCAUUUAUAAGGGUUUGUAUCGCGUAAUCGGGGACGAUUAGGCGAAGUUCGCGCGACGUCUGCACUCACGAUGGAGGGCAUUUCAUGAAUUAUCGUUAGAGAACAGUAUUCCUUUGACAUCGUUGCGCCAGUUAGUGAUAAGUUAAUCGUUUGUUCGCGUGUAAUACUUCUAAGUGAGAGCUAAUUAAUUGCAUCUGUUCGGUGUUGUUAAGUCGCUGUACCUCGAAAGACUGUUUUUUUUAUUUAAGCGAAAUUCUUCUUUCUCUUUCUUCUCUCUUUCUGAUUUUCUUUCGUAACUUCUCGAUCGUAACCCUAGGCGAUAAUUUAGCGGUGUAGAUACACGUCACCACGUUAUUAUAUCGGCUGUUGAUCGUGGCAGUACUUGUAUUAUAUUACGGUGAUAAUAUAGCAGAUACGUUUUUUAUUAAAAA